AUGUCGGAAUACGUCGCGCUGUACAUUCUUUCGGACUCGAAAUUUGACGGCCAAGCUGUACUGGCUAACAUCCGAUCGAGCGACUUUAUCGACGAGAUCAACAGCGGGGAAGGGCCACGAGAAGAAUGUGGCCUAUACAAGCUGAUCCAGCUUGUGGAACCGUCAAACUCGUCGGUCAAGUUCAGCUCAGAACGAGCUGUGCUGGAUUACCACAGGAAGCUAGUCAAGGGUGACGAGACGGCCAAAGUCGACGGAAAGGAUGCAAAGUGGAAUGGUAACUGCAUUCUGAUCGCCGAUAAGGAGUCGGACGACCUGGUCAACAUACUGGAGCUCUCUGAGGGAAGUCAAGCAGAACAAACGUUGAAAGCCAGAGCGAGGUCCUCAGUCGAGGUGGCUUCCAACGUCUCGAUUGCCAACAUGUCGCUUCAAGAGUACAAGGACAUGAGCGGCAAUGCCGAUGUAUACGACGCUGGACAGUAG